CCGCGGCCCCAAAAGUUCCCGGAUGCGGCCCGGGUUCCCGGAUGACGCCAGAGUGCCGGCGCAGGGCGCCCUGCCCGGGGUGACGGGAGCGGCGCAGGCGGCGGGGUCAUGCCUGGAAGCCGAGCCCGACUCGCAGGAGGGAACCAUGACCGUGCCGUGCGGAGCAGAGGGAACCUCAUCCGGUAACAAGCUCACGGUCGUGGCCCCCACCUCGUCCACGGAGGUGCUGGCGGCGACCGAUGAGUGGCUGAGCACUGAAUUCUGCUGCCCUCCCCAGUGCCAGCAGGAACCCUCCCCGUUACCGGACGCUGCACGAGAGCACAGCAUGUCUGUACCGAAUAAGUCUGUCCUGCAAGAGGAGGACGAUGGCAUUCCGGCUGCUCGGAUCACUCUGUUUGCGCCGGAGCGACUCCAUCUCAAGUGGGAGAGGAACGUGUGCGAGGGUGCCGGCCUGCAGAACCUCGGCAACACCUGUUUCCUCAAUGCCACGCUGCAGUGCCUGACGUACACGCCGCCGCUCGCAAACUACCUGCUUCUGCAAGAACACUCGCGCACCUGCAAACGGAACGACUUCUGCCUGAUGUGCUUGAUGGAGAGUCACGUCAUCAGCACGUUCAACAACUCCAUCGGCAUCAUACAACCCAUACUCAUCACUCGAAACCUCACACGCAUUGCCAAACACCUGCGUUUUGGAGAACAGGAGGAUGCCCAUGAGUUUUUAAGAUACAUGGUAGAUGCCAUGCAACUCUCGUGCCUCUAUGACCACAGCGAACUGGACAGGUACACGGAGGCUACCACUCUCAUCUACCAAAUCUUUGGAGGGUAUCUGCGAUCACGAGUUGAGUGCAUGCAGUGCUUGGGCACCUCCAUUACCUAUGAAACGUGCCUGGACAUUGCACUCCAAAUCAAUAACUCCUCAGAUCUGGUGGAGGCGUUUCGCGAGUUUGUCAAGAUGGAGACCCUGGAUGACUACACCUGUGGAACGUGCUGUCGCAAGGUCAAAGCGACAAAAAGAUUAACUCUACACCGCCUGCCGAACGUGCUCACCAUCUCAAUAAAGCGCUACAGCUACUUUGGCACCAAGAUUAACCGGGACAUCACCUAUCCGGAGCACCUGGAUGUGCAACCCUUCAUGUCGAAGUCCCCGGGCGAGCCUGUGAUAUACAUCCUUUAUUCAGUGCUGGUGCAUGCGGGCACUGACUGCGACAUUGGACAUUAUUAUUGCUAUAAUAAGAUCAGCGAUGGAAACUGGUACUGCAUGAACGACUCCCUCGUGCGGCGGGUCGACACUGGUGUGGUGAUGAACGAGCAGGCCUACAUGCUCUUCUAUAUUCGAUGCCCAGAGUUGAGCGCGAUACCGGCCGACAGUUACCGUCCGCUGGGGCAGGCGACGGCAGCGGCGGCGUACCGGGCGGCCCUGAAGAAGCGGUCCUGCCCGGCGCUGGAGACUUCGGGCCCCGUCUCUGGACCGCAGCUCUCCUCUCACGUGGCCAAGAAAUCGGAAGUGCCCAAGCUAUCUCACCGCUUCAACGGGAGCAAUGGCAGCAGCACCUGCAAUGGCAACGGCAGCAGCAUCGGCAUCGGAAACAUUAUCAGCAGCAGCAACAGCAGCAGCAGCAACGGAAGAGCUGUCAACGGAAUCGCUGGCAAGCAGGCGGUAAAUAGCAAGAGCAACGGCAGCUCGUCCGUGCGUCAGCGCAAGCGGCACAACGGCAAGCGGCCUGCUCCGCCGCUGCCCAAGCCGUUGUUGGCGUGUGCCGCGGCGCAGGCGCAGCUGAAGCCGCCCAACCCGGCCGCCUUUGUGAGGAGCCCCACGUGCCCGGGUCGGCCGUUCCAGCAGAGGCCGCGUGCCGAGCUCAAGUCGGCGCGCGACACGAACGGCGCGGCGCUCGGCGCGGCGCUCGGCGCGGCGCUCGGCGCGGCGCUCGGCGCGGCGGACGGCGCGGCGGACGGGGCGGCGGACGGGGCGGCGGACGGGGCUUCCGCGCGGCCCGCCAACGGCGCGACUCGCGACAAGCCGGCGAGCAACGGCGGCGAGGCCGCCGCGUCGACGAGGCCUGACGGUGCGGCCGCGGCCGCGUCGCCUCUGUCGACGGGGGCCACCGCCGCCGCGCCGGCGUUGGCCGCGAGCGGCCCGGGGGUGCAGUUCAAGCGCAGCGGCAGCGGCAACCUCCAGCCGGACAAGCUGCUGGACAAAGAGUCGAUCGGGGAAUACGCCAGGCUGAAGCCGGGCAGCAGCAGCUGCGAGGGUGGCGUCACCGCCCCGUCGAAUUUUGCGGCGCCCUCGCAGCACCGUGGCUUCUUCAGCUCGAGCAAGCUUGUCUUCCGCAACGACCAUCGGAACCAGUCAACGUCCCUGGUCCCUUAUGCGCCCGGCGAAUCCUCGGAAGAGUCUGAGACUGAGAUUGUGACGAAGAGGACCGAGGAAUCGGCAAACCUGCGCUCGCGUUUGGACGGCGCAGGGCGCCGCUGCGGUGCAGCCAGCGGCGUCGCAGCCGCCUCGGGUGAAGGCUCGGCGAACAGUCUGGCGUCCGGAAACGAGGGGGGUGCGGGGGACUCGGGUGGGAGGCCGCAGACCAGCGGCGAGGGCUGUGUGCGGCCGGUGACCAUCCCGAGCGGCGCAGCUGUGAACGGGAACAAAGAGAGAACCGCUGCGGGAGAUCUGCUCGCAGAUGCAGAGGAAUUCAAAAAAGUGUUUAUCGGCGAGGGUGGAGUUACUGACCCACCCAAAACCAGUGACCAAAGGUCAACUUCCGGCGCCUCUUGGAACGUGGGUGCACAGCAGUUGCCAACGUGCAAAGAGAACGGAGGCGGCCAUUCUUCAAGCGAGGGUAGUAGCCACGCACCGGUUCCGCCGCCUCCCAAUCCCACGAGCACGUCGGUCGUGGGCAAACCAAAAGACUCGCCGCAGGUGGCUCGCCUAAAGCUGCCACUGCUCGAUCACCGCACGCAAUUUCACUGGGAGCGGUGGACCAGCGGCUCGGCGCAGGCGCUCACGAGGCCGUGCGCACUGGAUGCGAGCAACGGUGCUGCCGAGUGCCCGUCGGAGAUUUUGUCUGACAGGACGGAGGAUCCGGCGCCGCCGAUUAUAAAACCCGCAGAUGAAGUGGCGACAAACGACGGUCUGUGCCUCAAAGGGCAACGCGAUGGCGGUGAAGGCGUCCAGGAGUCGCGCGCUCCCCAGCUCGGAGAAUCCUACGACCGCGCCGGCUGCCGGCGUCUCAGCAGCAGGUCGAGGUCGUCGUCGAGGUCGUCGUCGAGGUCGUCGUCGAGGUCGUCGUCGAGGUCGUCGUCGAGGUCGAGGUCGUCGUCGAGGCGACGGAGCAAAAUGCGCCGGGUGGACAUGCCCCCGCGGAUUGCUCGUUGGCACGUUGGCAACGGUGAUCACAGCAACCCCCCACACAAGCGGGGCAGCCGUCGCCGGUCAGACAGCCGCUGCCGGUCUCCGAGCAAGCACCGCUAUCGCCGGUCUCCAAGCAGCCAUCGUCAUCGUCGGUCUCCUAGCAGCCAGCACCACCGCCGCCGAUCGCGCAGCAGCCGCCGCCGAUCUCCUAGCAACCGCCGCCGGUCUCUUAGCAACCGCCGUCGGUCUCCUAGCAACCGCCGCCGGUCUCUUAGCAGCCGCCGCCGAUCUCCUAGCAACCGCCGCCGAUCUCCUAGCAACCGCCGCCGGUCUCCGAGCAACCACCGCCGGUCUCCUAGCAACCACCGCCGGUCUCCUAGCAACCACCGCCGGUCUCUUAGCAGCCGCCGCCGAUCUCCUAGCAACCGCCGCCGAUCGCGCAGCAGCCACCGCCGGUCUCCUAGCAACCACCGCCGGUCUCCUAGCAACCACCGCCGGUCUCCUCGCAACCACCGCCGGUCUCCUCGCAACCACCGCCGGUCUCCGAGCAACCGCCGCCGGUCUCCUAGCAACCACCGCCGAUCUCGCAGCAGCCACCGCCGGUCUCCUAGCAGUCACCGUGGGUCUAGCAGCCGCCGCCACCGCCACCACCACCGCCACCACCACCACCGCCGCUCACGCAGCAGCCACGGCCAUCGCCGGUCUCCUAGCAGCCAACGCCGGUCGGACAGGCGGCACUCGCGCCACCGAAGCCGGAGCGGAGUGAGCUGCUCGAGAGACGCGAGAGACUCGGAUCGCCGCUGGCGUCGAGGAGAACGUAGCCCCAGCGCCGCUGUGCGACGCCACCGGAGAGACCGCCAGCAUUGGGCGGCUGGCAGGCACCGCACGUGCUAUUCGUGAGCUUCAUCAUUGUUUUCAUCUUCCGCAUCAUGGACAAGCAAAAGCAAGUUUUUAACGCGUAGGCUUUCGCGACCAAUAUUGUUGAUGAUAAAGGUUUUUUUUUGGGGUUAGAGCGCGCAAGUGCAAUUGUGUCGUAACCCUCCGCC